UAGCUUUUGCGAUUGUGGUCUAGUCCUUGCUCGAAUAAUCUUGUUCCUUAAUAAUCUCGUAUUUACAUAUACCGAAGUCAAAUUUGAAAAUGAGUCAAGUGUUUGGAGUUCCACCACCUCUUUAUCCGCCCCAGCAGCCAGUGGGUGUCAAUGGCGGUACGUUCUUCGGCCAGCAGUACAGUCCUCUAGGAACUUUAGCUGCUUACAAAGGCGAUUUGAUUUAUCCUGUGUUCACCAUCGGAUUUUUCUUAUUGGGCGUGGUCGUCAUUGUCAAGAUUCUCUUGACUCUUAUCGGUUUACUGGGAGCUAAAUUGUUUCACGGUUUCAUCCCGCGUUCAUUCGAUGACCUCCUGGAACGCAAACGUCGUUCAAUCGAUGACGUCAAUAACAGUCCCAUCGAUCAGGCCAAGCUGGAUGGACUUACAUCUGUCAUCAUGGCCGCUCUCGAUUCUCAACAAUGCCAACAGAGACUGAUGUGUGAAUUGGGCGAUUUCGUGCAACAGUACGACUCGGCUCAUCUUCUAGCCAAUUUGGCCGAACGUUUAGCGCCCGAGGAUUACCUGGCUCACGUUAAGGCUUUUAAGAAUGCGGGCCGAUGCGAGGAAUACAAAUGCGGGCAAUCCUCAGGUUCCACGCCAGACAUCCAGCAGGGAAAUGCUGUGUCCACUAAAGACGAAGAAAGUCUUUGAAAGUUUGAAAACAAUUUUUGAAUCACACAAAAAAUAUUCAAUUAAGAUUGAAGUCGAUAUUUAUUGAAGUCGAAAUGCUUGUUGGCAUGUUAAAAGCUGGAAUUGUAAUAAAUUGUUGAGUAUAAUAG